CCAGAGCCCGCCCACAGGUGAUUCACAUCUGUGGGGUGGAAAGCUGAAUGCUGUCUUCUGCUGGCCACCGCGCUACCUGCCUGCACAGUGGGUCAAAUCAGUUCGGUGUAGCACAUGAUAUCCCAGAAUGGCGUCAACAGCUCUGAGAUCAGCGUUCAGGACCAAGGUUCCAUUUAGAGUCGGCCGACUGUGCUACUCCUCCUCCUCUGUGCCCACCACCAAACUGUUUAUUGAUGGGAAGUUUGUUGAAUCCAAGUCCUCGGAAUGGCUGGAUAUUCACAAUCCUGCUACCAAUGAGGUGAUCACCUGCGUGCCCAAAGCCACCCAGGAGGAGAUGCUGGCUGCUGUAGACUCAUGCUCCAGAGCCUUUCGCUCCUGGUCUGAGACCUCCAUCUUGGCUCGACAGCAGGUUUUUCUGCGCUAUCAGCAGCUUAUCAAGGACAAUAUUAAAGAACUUGCCAAGGCCAUCACAGUGGAGCAGGGGAAGACCCUUGCAGAUGCAGAGGGAGAUGUGUUCAGAGGAUUGCAGGUGGUAGAACACACCUGCAGCAUCACCUCCCUGAUGCUCGGGGAAACCCUGCCCUCCAUCUCCAAAGACAUGGACACUUACACCUAUCGCCUUCCCCUUGGGGUGUGUGCCGGCAUUGCCCCCUUCAACUUCCCGGCCAUGAUCCCCCUGUGGAUGUUCCCUAUGGGCAUGGUAUGUGGCAACACGUACCUGCUGAAGCCCUCGGAGCGUGUGCCCACAUGCGCCAUGCUGCUGGGUAAGAUGCUGCAGGAUGCUGGCGCUCCAGAUGGAACGCUCAACAUCAUCCACGGCCAACACGACGCUGUGAACUUCAUCUGUGACCAUCCGGCCAUCAAGGCAAUCAGCUUUGUUGGCUCAAAUCAAGCAGGGGAGUAUAUUUAUGAGAGGGGCUCUAAAAAUGGCAAAAGGGUGCAGUCCAACAUGGGAGCCAAGAACCAUGGUGUGGUGAUGCCUGAUGCCAACAAGGAGAACACUCUGAACCAGCUUGUGGGCGCGGCGUUCGGGGCAGCGGGACAACGCUGCAUGGCUCUGUCCACAGCCAUACUGGUGGGCGAGGCGCGUAGCUGGCUGCCGGAGCUGGUGGAACGUGCCAAAGCUCUGCGCGUGAAUGCAGGAGACCAGCCUGGUGCAGAUCUGGGGCCUCUGAUCUCUCCCCAAGCCAGGAACAGAGUCUGCAGUCUGAUCCAGAGCGGCGUGGAGGAGGGAGCAAAGCUGCUACUGGAUGGCCGAAAUAUUAAAGUCAAAGGUUACGAGAACGGCAACUUUGUGGGACCUACCAUCCUCGGCAACGUCACACCUCAGAUGAAGUGCUACACCGAGGAGAUCUUUGGGCCCGUGCUGGUCGUUCUGGAGGCAGACUCCCUGGACAACGCCAUCAGUUUGGUUAACAAGAACCCCUAUGGCAACGGUACAGCCAUCUUCACCACAAACGGUGCCACCGCACGCAAAUAUACUCACGAGGUGGAUGUGGGCCAGGUGGGAGUCAAUGUUCCAAUCCCGGUGCCGCUGCCAAUGUUCUCCUUCACUGGAUCGAGGGGAUCCUUCAGAGGGGACACGAACUUCUACGGAAAACAAGGCAUCCAGUUCUACACACAGAUCAAAACAGUCACCGCACAAUGGAAAGCUGAAGAUGCCACCUUAAAAAGUCCUGCCGUUACCAUGCCUACCAUGGGACGCUAAAUGCUCCAUCCAGUCGCUGCUGAUUACUCUUGUAAACCAGGAGACGUCAAACGCUCCACUUGCAAAAGCAGAUUCAUAUGUCACCUGUGAAUAGCUCAUAAAUACAAGUUAUACAUAAAUAAUCCCCAGAUUAAAAGACUUUAUAUUAGAUAUGUAUAUGUGGCUAUUGUGUGAGGGGACAACACUAAGGCAAUCCAAAAGUUCUGUAACAUUAUUGGGUCAAUGUCAUUUCCAGAAAUACAGCACCUGCUGAAACUCUUA